AUGCACUCAAGGAAAUCCAAGAUCACUGCCUCCCGCAAACUCAUGCUCAAGAGCUUGAUGCUAGCCAAGGCUAAGGAGUGCUGGGAGCAGGAACACGAGGAGCGAGAGGCCGAGAAGGCACGCUACCUAGCAGAGCGCAUCCCCACACUGCAGACCCGUGGCCUGUCCCUCAGCGCCCUUCAGGACCUGUGCCGAGAGCUCCAUGCCAAGGUGGAAGUGGUGGAUGAGGAGCGAUACGAUAUUGAAGCCAAAUGCCUCCACAACACGAGGGAGAUUAAGGACCUGAAGCUCAAGGUGCUGGACCUCCGAGGGAAGUUCAAGCGUCCACCCCUGCGCAGGGUUCGUGUCUCAGCCGACGCCAUGCUCCGAGCCCUACUGGGCUCCAAGCACAAGGUGUCCAUGGACCUACGGGCCAACCUCAAGUCUGUGAAGAAAGAAGACACAGAAAAGGAGCGGCCAGUGGAGGUGGGAGACUGGAGGAAGAAUGUGGAAGCCAUGUCUGGCAUGGAAGGCCGCAAGAAGAUGUUUGAUGCAGCCAAGUCCCCAACCUCCCAAUAGAGGCUCCUCGAGAGCUCUUCUGCCCCGGGCACUCAGAAGAAGUUGGCUUGCUGUGUGGCACUCCAGGGUCGUGCUUUGGUCUCCUCCCAGCCCCACCCACCUGUCUUUCAGCCCAUGCCUGGAGCAUCUCUGCUAUGCCCUCCCUCCAGCCUAUAUCCCACCUCUGGAGCCAGGAUGAAAUGGUCCUCAGAGAAGAAGAGAGAUGCUUCUCUCUUCUUCUGAAGAGAGUCUGAGUGUCUUCUGAAGAGUGUCUGAGACCGCGUCCCAGCAGCGUGGGCUUACAGGACUCAACGGGGCAUGCUGGGAUUAUCCAGCUACUCCAAGGGGCCCUAGGCUGAGGAGGGUAGCAGAGAAAACGCCUUCCCAGCAGCUCUGUAUUGCUUCUCUACAUUUCUGUUGCUUCCUGCAGUGUCCACAGGCUCCCCAUUAAAAAAAAAUCCAGGU